UGUUUGUGUCCCUCUGCCCUGCCUCAGUGUCCCUGUCCCUCUGUCCUGCGUGUCUGUGUCCCUCUGUCCUGCCUCAGUGUCCCUGUCCCCUCACUGAGUGUCCCUGUCCCCAGGUGUGCGGUGUGUGAGGCCCCGGCCAUGGUGAUGGCCGUCCACAGCCAGACCAUUCAGAUCCCGCCCUGCCCCAGUGGCUGGUCCUCUCUCUGGAUCGGCUACUCCUUCGUCAUGCACACCAGCGCGGGAGCGGAAGGUUCCGGACAGGCCCUGGCGUCUCCGGGCUCGUGUCUGGAGGAGUUCCGAAGUGCCCCCUUCAUCGAAUGCCACGGCCGCGGCACCUGCAAUUACUACGCCAACGCCUACAGCUUCUGGCUGGCCACCGUGGAGAGGGCCGACAUGUUCAGGAAGCCCACACCAUCCACUCUGAAGGCCGGAGAGCUGCGGACUCACGUCAGCCGCUGCCAGGUCUGCAUGCGGAGGACAUAGCGGCCGCCGCGGCUCCCCACAUGGUGCUACCCCUGCCCGCCCGCCGCCCCCGGGGACCUCACUGCCCCCGAACCCAGGUGCCUCCAGCCACCUCACUAACACCACGCUGCCCGGGCCGCCCCCCACGUCACGACCCAUCCCGGAACCAAAGGGUGCUAGGAGGCGGGGGGCAGCCCGGCCGGGCCAGGGCGCCCUGCUCUGUACUCUGCCCGUGGGCCCCCCUCCCUCCCCGGCGAGACUCGUGUGUUUACGUCACCGUCCGACCGUCCCCGUCCCCCCCUCGAACCCUGCUCCUCGGGCCACGCCACUCCCGCCGACGGAGGCCCAGGCGACUUAUGUAUAAAUAAAUAAGUAAAUAAAUAAAUACGCCCCUAGUAAUUUAUAUAGAGGCCGGCCGCUCGGCCCCGCUGUCCACCCCGGCCACUGCUGAAAUAAAGCUUUGUGGUGUCCUCUC